UGUGUUGUGGGUGGGUGCUGAGCGCGCUCUCCUGAAAAAUAUUUUCUAUCUUCUCACUUUUCUUGGCCCGGGCAGCCAAGGGAAAAAUUGUCCUAAUGGACUGCUUAAAAUGGAUAGUUCUCUGUGUAUUUUUACUCCAUGGAUGCAUAGCGUCCGGCAGCGAAGAUAUCCCGGAGAGCUACAUAGAGAAGCAGCGUUAUGACGGCUGGUACAACAACUUGGCUCACCCUGGCUGGGGUUCUGCAGAGUCCCGUCUGACGCGUAAGACCCCCGCCAGCUAUGCCGACGGGGUGUAUAUGAUGGCUGGGCAGGAUAGACCCUCCUCCAGGAAGCUCUCUGAGGCGUUCAUGAAGGGGCGUGAUGGUCUCGCCUCCACCUUGAACCGUACUGCUAUGCUGGCCUUCUUCGGCCAGGUAGUAUCGUCAGAGGUGCUGCAGGCGUCAGAGAUCGGCUGCCCCAUCGAGAUGCACAAGAUCGACAUAGAGAGAUGCGACGAGAUGUAUGACGAGCACUGUGCGGGGGAUAAGUUCAUGCCCUUCCACCGAGCUGGCUACGACUACUCCACCGGCCAGAGCCCUAACAGCCCCCGCGAACAGCUGAAUUACGUGACGUCAUGGCUGGACGGGAGCUUCGUGUACAGCAUGAGUGAGGCCAGACUCAACAUGCUGAGGUCCUUUGAGAACGGCACCUUCAGGACGGCCCCGGGGGAUCCUACCAUGCCGCCCCGGAACACUGAAAGGAUCCCCAUGUUUAAUAAUCCUACGCCACAUGUCCUCAAGAUCCUCAGCCCGGAGAGGAUAUUUUUGUUAGGGGAUCAGAGGACCAAUCAGAACCCUGCUUUAUUGGCGUUCGGGAUUUUGAUGUUCAGGUGGCACAACGAGGUGGCCUCCCGCAUCCAGGCCAAGAAUCCAGACUGGGGUGACGAGGACAUCUUCCAGCGGACCAGGAGGAUUGUCACCGCCCAUCUGCAGAACAUCAUUAUGUACGAGUUCUUGCCGGCGUUCCUCGGGGAGAGUGUUGAGCCCUAUACCAGAUACCGCUCUGACAUCCACCCGGGCAUCUCUCACGUCUUCCAGUCUGCCGCCUUCAGGUUCGGACACACCCUGAUUCCUCCUGGGCUGUACCGACGAGCCCCUGGCGACGAAUGUGAGUUUCCUAUGACUCAGACUGGGUACUCCGCCCUCAGGCUCUGCUCUACCUGGUGGGACGCUAAUGAUGUGAUGAGAGAAGGCACGGUAGAGGAGCUGAUGAGGGGCCUAGCGUCUCAGUUGGCCGAGCAGGAGGACCAUGUGUUGUGUUCUGACGUUCGCAACAAACUCUUCGGCCCCUUAGAGUUCUCCAGGAGGGACCUUGGUGCCCUCAACAUCAUGAGAGGGCGAGACAACGGACUGCCAGACUACAACACCGUCCGUAAGUGUUUUCAUCUGCCGCCUGUUGAGUCCUGGGAAACCAUCAACCCCAAGCUGACCCAAGAGGAGCCUGACCUCAUAGCCCGGCUCAAGGAUUUAUACCAGGACAACCUCAUGAAUAUUGACCUAUACGUGGGCGGCAUGUUGGAGACCCAGGACGGUCCAGGGCCGCUCUUCACCGCCAUCAUCAAGGAACAGUUCACCAGACUCAGAGACGCCGACAGAUUCUGGUUCGAGAAUGAGGACAACAAGAUGUUCACGCCCGAGGAAAUAGAUGAGAUCCGUCAGGUGAAGCUGUGGGACAUCAUCGUCAACGCCUCCGCCGUCUACCCCGACGAGAUCCAGCGCAAUGUGUUCUUUCACCUGGAUACCGACCCCUGCCCUCAGCCAGCCCAGCUCAACACCAGCGAAAUGGAACCCUGUGACUACCUGCAGGGCUUUGAUUACUUCCAGGGGUCAGAGGUGACAUACAUCUACUCCUGUAUCCUGCUGGCCGCCGUGCCCCUCAUCUGUGCAGGCGCCGGCUAUGCCACCGUCAAGUUCCAGAACUCCCGCAGGAGACAAAUCCUGACCAAGCAGGAGGAGAACAACAAUGGCCGCAGCAGUGACAAGAUGAUGGUGAAGGAGUGGCUGCAUCAGAACCACAAGCGCAUUGUUAAGGUGAAGUUUGGUCCUAACCAAGAGAUAUCAACAGUGAACAGGAAGGGGGAGAAGAUGCGUAAGGUGUCUCUAAAAGGCGUAGACAACCUGAUGGUGGAGAUCACGCAGGACCCCCGCAGGAAACUCAUGGUUCUCGUCCGCCCCCCCAAGGACCAUGACCUGGUGCUGGAGUUUGACACUGAAGCAGCACGGCGCAAGUUUAUCAACAAACUGGAACAGUUCAUGAACUCUCUUAGGAAGACCGUGGAGAAGGUCAACACCUAUAAGGAACAGAUGUUGGCCAACGCUGAGACCAAGGAGCGCCGUCAGAAGCGUCUGGAACAGUUCUUCAGGGAAGCUUAUGAGCUCACCUUUGGCCUCAAACCUGGCGAAGAGAAGAGGAAGCUGGAGGAGACAGACAGUGAUGUGGUCAUGGUGAUGCGAACAUCUCUCUCCAAGAAGGAGUUCGCUGAAGCUCUGGGGAUGAAGUCGGACGACAUCUUCGUGCGGCGCAUGUUCAACAUCGUAGAUAAGGACGGCGACGGACGUAUAUCCUUCCAGGAGUUCCUCAACACCGUGGUGCUCUUCAGUAAAGGCACAACGGACGACAAGCUGCGUAUUAUUUUCGACAUGUGUGAUAACGACCGUAACAACGUGAUCGACAAGACUGAACUGUCCGAGAUGUUGAGGUCCCUCGUGGAGAUCGCCAAGACCAACACCGUCAGUAACGAGGAGGUGGAGGAUCUUAUCGACGGGAUGUUCAGCUCUUCAGGCAUAGACCACAAGGAGUCACUCACCUACGACGAUUUCAAGCUCAUGAUGAGGGAGUACAAGGGUGACUUCAUUGCCAUUGGCCUCGACUGUAAAGGUGCCAAGCAGAACUUCCUGGACACCUCUACCAAUGUUGCCAGGAUGACCAGUUUCCACAUCUCUGAGAACCGGGAAAUAUACCAUCACUGGAUGUUCAAGAAGUACAAUUCUAUCGCCACCUUCCUGGAGGAGAACCGCCAGAAUGUGUUCUAUCUGUUCGUCUUCUACGUCAUCACCAUCGCUCUCUUCUGUGAAAGAUUUAUCCAUUACUCCUUCAUGGCUGAGCACACUGACUUACGACACAUCAUGGGGGUCGGCAUCGCCAUCACCCGAGGAGCCGCGGCAUCCCUCUCCUUCUGCUACUCCCUCCUGCUGCUCACUAUGUCCAGGAACCUCAUCACUAAGCUCAAGGACUUCAGCCUCCAACAGUACAUCCCCCUCGACUCCCAUAUACAGUUCCACAAGAUAGUAGCGUGUACAGCCCUCUUCUUCAGUAUCCUACACGCCUGUGGUCACUUGGUGAACUUCUACCACGUGUCGACCCAGCCUGUGGAGAACCUGAGGUGUCUCACCCAAGAGAUUGCCUUCGCCUCCGAUCAGAAACCCACUGUUGGUUAUUGGCUCUUCCAGACUUUAACUGGAGUCACCGGUAUAUUGCUGUUUAUCAUCAUGUGCAUCAUCUUCAUCUUUGCUCAUCCGAUGAUUCGUAGGAAGGCGUACAAGUUCUUCUGGGCGGCUCACCAACUGUACAUUUUCCUCUAUAUCCUCAGUCUCCUACACGGUCUGGCCCGGCUGACUGGAGCGCCAAGGUUCUGGUUGUUCUUCAUCAUCCCAGGCAUCAUCUAUACCCUGGACAAGAUCAUCAGUCUCCGCACCAAAUACAUGGAACUGGAUAUUAUCGAGACAGAGCUGCUGCCUUCUGAUGUAGUGAAGGUCAAGUUCUACAGGCCGCCAAACUUCAAGUACCUCAGUGGACAAUGGGUGAGACUAUCGUGUACAGCCUUCCGCCAGUCAGAGUACCACUCAUUCACUCUAACUUCUGCACCCCAUGAGAACUUCCUCUCGUGCCACAUCAAAGCUCAGGGUCCUUGGACGUGGAAGCUUCGAAAGUUCUUUGACCCACACAACUACGUCCAUGAUGAAGAGAAUCCUCCCAGGAUUCGUCUGGAGGGACCAUUUGGUGGUGGCAACCAGGACUGGUACAAGUUUGAAGUGGCAGUCAUGGUUGGAGGAGGUAUUGGGGUCACGCCGUAUGCCUCCAUUCUUAACGACCUUGUGUUCGGCACCUCCACAAACCGAUAUUCUGGAGUGGCUUGUAAAAAGGUGUAUUUCCUGUGGAUCUGUCCGACACACCGGCAGUUUGAGUGGUUUAUUGACGUCCUGCGAGAUGUUGAACGCAAGGAUGUAACAAAUGUAUUGGAAAUGCACAUUUUUAUUACUCAGUUCUUCCACAAAUUUGAUCUUCGCACUACUAUGUUGUAUAUUUGUGAGAAUCACUUCCAGAAGCUAAGUAAACGCAGUAUGUUCACGGGGCUCAAAGCUAUAAAUCACUUUGGCCGACCUGACAUGACAUCGUUCUUAAAGUUUGUGCAGAAGAAACAUAGUUACGUAUCUAAAAUUGGUGUGUUCAGUUGUGGUCCCAACCCACUCACAAAAUCUGUCAGCACGUCCUGUGAGCAAGUCAACCGGGGUCGUCGUCUCCCAUACUUCAUCCAUCACUACGAGAACUUCGGCUAAAUAUGUAUCCAAUCUCACCUUGGGGGUCUACAAUAAUCUGUACUGUAGAUCUAUCCUCUCCUCACUAGCUUAAAUAACCUACUUUACCCACCUUAAAUACUGCUACUUUAUCUUGCUACUCCGUGUAAUGUAUUUUCUUUAUAAAUCUCUCUUGAUCUGAUAAUAUAUUUGCUCUCUGCGUCUCUCACAUUACUUCUCAGUGUCCUUGCACCAGACUCUCGCAUACCCUAAGUGAGCAUUUACUCACAAUAUGACUAAUGGUGGUUGUAACAAAUUAGAACAUGCAAUUUUUAUUAGUCUCUAUAGUGCAUAUACCUAUCCAUAGUGCAUAUCUUCAACUGAAGUCUGUAUAAAGUAGUACAGUAAUUAAAAUUAUCUGUAUUUAAUGUGUUAUAUACUUUUAAAAAUGCAGCUUAGAAUGCGGUGGACAAACUGACCUUCUAAAAGUAGGAUAAUUGUACAUAAUCUUAUUAAAUCAUUUUCCAUACAAGAUAAUGAUAGGAACUAUAUAAUAGUAACCAGUGUUCUUCAUGUAUUUUUACAAGAAAUUAUAUAAGAUAGGGAACUGAAAGUGAGACUAUGCCUUCGAGUCUUCCCUCUUGACCAUAUUAAUAUAUUCCUUUACUGAGCACUGGGCAGUUAUUAUGUCUUACUUGAUUUGAUAGUUUUUUAAUUAGUAUUCUUAGAUAUACAUCUAGUCUGUCGAGACUGGUUCUCCUAAGGUGACUGCAGGCGCUCACACUCAACAACUGGUGUGAUAAAUGCCAUAAACUGGUACAUAAUUGUCUUAACUCUUCCACGGUCUCCGAGACAUGAUAUAAAUGUUAAUUUAUAAAAAAGGUUUAUAUAUAUUUAGACAUACUUUGUUUAUGGUUGUGCAAUAUUACUUUAUUUGUAGAUAUUUUUUAUACUAAACUCUCAGUCUCAUAUACAGUACUCUACUAACAUGGAUUUUUUACUGUGAAUAUUGAUUUUGAAAAUUUAUAAAUACUCGAUAUGUGUACAGCAUUGUGUGGUGACCCCAGUUGUGUUUUGUAUUUACUGUGUACAUUUUAAUGAGGUUUUCUCUACUGUUCCCUUGUAUUUGUGCCUUAACACUGAUAAAGUUCUGAUGAGAUUGUAACUAUAAAUGGUACAGGUACUUGAGAAGUUAUCUUAGCUAUGUGGAGCAGUAAGUAAAGUGGCCACAUCAUUCAGAGGUAGAUGCUCGGAGUGUCUACCUCUGAAUACUCCUAUAUAUUAGGUACUACUGUAUCUUAUUGACCUUCCUGCUGUGUUCCAUCUUUGCAUUAGCAGAAUUGUUCAGAAAUUCUUUAUAAACCUCUGGCCAGUGAGGUAAAAUAUUGUGUCACAAAUAAUAUAAAGGUCAGGUUUCUAGUGUUUUUCACUUUGUCCAGAUUUGUAGCGUUGGAAAGUUUGUACCAAAAAAAAAAAAUAGUUAAUAUAUAUAAAGUUGUGAUUUAAAAAUUUUAUAUAUCUUACAGAGGCUGCAGCAUUUUGUCAUUACAUUACAAAAGCUUCCAAUAUGACUGACAUAUGUUAAUCUUUUUUAUUUAUUUUUUUAAAUUUAUCCCCAAUUCAUUUUGAUAAGUAAACAAAUAUAUAUAACAUAGAGAAGUUACUUUUGAAGAGAAAUUUGCAAUGCUGAGUGAUGUCAGUUUUUCUAGUGGUACAAACUGUUAAUGAGUUUUGUGGGAAAAUGAUCAGUGUCACAUUAAAAGAGAAUAUCUGACUUCUCUUGUUGAAUAUUGUCUGAAGGACAGUACUGUACUGUACAAAACUUUAUAAAUACCUGUAACUCAUUUUUGGUAAAAUAAUGAGACUGGUGACUUGUGUACAGAUGUUCCAACAUGAUGGAAGAGCACAAGAAAAAUAAUCAAGUUCAUUAAUGUCUCAACAGCAAAAAUGAGUCCAGUCUUAUGAUUUUGACCAUGUUUCUACAAUAUACUGUGCUGACUGACCUAUUUGUGUUUUGAAUGUAGAAAAUACUAGAAGUUGUCAUCAGUUGCAAAUCAAAUUCCAGUUAGGAAUUGUUUUAGUAUAAGUCUUACCAGUAACAGUUUGUUCCGCUAAGAGGAGGAGUGGACCAGUACCAGCUGUGUUUAUUAUUGUUGGUGUCCUGGAGCUAAAGCUGUACAAGGAGCCUGACACUCAAAUAUUAAAACUUAAAUUAUGAAUCCACUUGAAAGCACGAUUGACAAACUCAGCUGUAGGUUGAUUAAACUAUGCAAAACAUAUUCAACUGUGUAAAUUUACUUUAAUCUUGUUACUCACAAGGAGCAGUGUUCAGCAACUGCUUUUAUUUACCAAUGGUUAGACAACCUUCAUAAACAUCCAAUUAUUAGAAACUCAAAAGAUUUUCUCAUGUAGACCAUAAAGUAUUAGUAUGUGUUAUGAGAUAUUUUUUCUGGAGUUCAUUAUAUUUGUAAAUGAUGCUUACAAAUCAAAGAACUCUCUCUACCUGUGACAAUUUCCUCCAAGAUAUUAAACAAGAUGUCCGUAA